AUGCAGCUGGACGUUUUCCAUUGCGGCAUCGGGAUCUCGGCUUUUGCAAAGGCCAAGUUGUGGCAGCAUUCCGUGCAGUUGCUGCACGUGAUGCCCAAGCUGAAUCCGUCACCGAACAGCAUCUGCUACGCCUCGGCGAUCUCGGCCUGUCAGAAGGGAGAGCAGUGGCAGCUCGCGAUGGAGGUCUUCCAGGCCCAGAAUGUGGCCAGCGUGACGCCGGAUGCGGUGGGCUAUGUCGCGGCGAUCACUUCCUGUGAGAAGGGCGCUCUUUGGCAAGAAGCCUUGCAAUGCUUCGAGCAGCAGCAACGGCUGAGCCCUCCCAAUGCCAUCAGCUUCAAUGCCACCAUCAGCGCAUGUGGCAAGGCUUCCCAGUGGCAGGCCGCGCUACAGCUUUUUGCUGUCAUGCCUGCGUCGAAGCUGCACAGAGAUCUCGUCAGCUUCAGUGCCACAACCACGGCCUGUCAGAACAGCGCCCAAUGGCAGCUGGCUGUGGCGCUCUGGGAGGCGAUGGAUCAGUCGGCCAUCGCCCCCGACACCGUCAGCUGCAGCGCGUACAUCAGCGCUUGUGGAAGGUCAGGGCACUGGCGCAUGGCGCUGCAGGUCUUCGGCUCCAUGUUGGAGCGCCGCAUCGCGCCCAACGUCAUCAGCUACAGCGCCGCCAUCAGCGCUUGCGAGAAGGGGGCCGUUUGGCCCUGUGCUGUGGAGCUGUUCCACAGCAUGGCCGAUGAUGCUGUGGCUCCCAAUGCCAUCAGCUGCAACGCGACGCUGAGCGCCCUGGAGAAGGCCUCGGAGGCCCGGCUGCAACGGCCCAGGCCGACUGGAGCUGGAGAUCUUUGCGAGCUUUAUGGCUGA